AUGGGAAUAGGACUAUGCGUAACCAAGGCGAUGAUCAACAGGACUCCAUAUCAUAGACCUAUUGGAAGUAUAAGCCUUGCUAGGAUUUUAAGAUUGUUCGUUUGUAUGUCUGAACAAUUCUUGCAGCGAUGCAGGAAGGAACGAGGGCCAGUAAAUGUACCAAACAAAACUUUAUACAGUGUGCCUUCCAGCGAUAGGCAGCGAGGUCUUAAAAGUAUCUCAGUCGUGAUGGAUAGCCCCAGGCUUGAAAGCCAACCAGAUUGGGACCUAAACUGCUCAGGAAUUCGUAGUGUUGGACCAUUGAAGCAAGGAGCGAAAGGGGAAUUUGUCGAAGGGGCUUUGGAGCAUGAAAGGUGGAGCCAGGGACGGAGACGAGACGAGAGACUGUCCGACAGGAGUCGUCGUCCGAGAAACAUGCAGCAGCAAGGCUGGGGUGGUAAACCGCAGCUCUUUAAUUUGAAAGUCCAGCAGAGCCCCAGGCACCAACAAGGCAGAACCCCGGACGGCCACACCUGA